CUGGCCUUACAAAGCAAAGCACAUUAGAGGUCCACGUCACUGACACCUGGCAACCAACAAUUUUCAGGCUAACACUUCCACCCAACCCAACCCAUGUUACCGUUACAAAAACCAAAGAAAAACGCUUCCUAUUUUCUCUCCAAUCUCUAACCCCCCAAUUCAAUUUCUCAUUCUCCUCCCAAACCAAAGGAUUGCGGAGAAGAGAAGAGAACAGAAGAACCAUAAUUCUGAUUCUUCUCUUUUCUGCAAAUUCCUCUAUUGGGUCAACAAUAUGACGCCGGAUCUAACCGUCGACGUCGUUUCGCCGCGAGAGAUGGAUCUCAUGAACGACGACGUUUCGGAAUUGUUGUACUCAAAGAGAGGCUGUUGUUUUUGGAUCCCUUGCUUGAAUAGAGAUCGAUCAUCCUCCGAUUCAGCCGGAUCGGUUUGGUGGCAGCGGAUUCGGCCCGUUGAGAACGAAGAUCCAUGGUGGAGCCGUAGCUGGAAGAGGGUACGUGAGUGGUCGGAACUCGUUGCAGGUCCGAAAUGGAAGACCUUUAUUCGCCGGUUCAACAAGAACCGUCCGUUUUGCCAUAACAACCACAACAAGCAUGGCGCGAAAUUCAACUACGACGAGUUUGAUUACGCUCUCAAUUUCGACGAUGGUCGGGGGCAGAACGGUCAUUUCGAUGAUGAAGAUCUCUUGCGUCGAGAUUUCUCCAGCCGGUUCGCUUCGGUGCCGCCUUCCGCUAAGUCGUCGAUGGAUUUGGGGAGGGAUGGACCGUCGUUCACGUGAGUCGCACGUGGUGUGGUUCAGUCAGUUAUUGGGUUGGGCCUUCGAUUGGGCCGCGGCGAGUUGAAGCGCCGAGUUUUACGGGAGAACGAUUCGUAGCGCAGUAAGCGGCGAUCGUUCGAUCAUUUAAGAUUCUUUUUGUCUGACGACAUGGGUGGAUGGAUGGUUUGACUGUUAGUGGGGACGACCUUAGGAAAUUUUUUUCUUUGAAUUUUUUUUUUUGGGGGAAAUAUAUAUAUAUUUUUUUCUGUUACAAUAAUGAAAAUAAGUGGAAAAAAAUAACAAUGAAAUUAUAGAUUAUUGUAUUUGUGGUUGUGUGAUAAAUUAAAUUGAUUGUAACUGUAAAAUAAUAUAGAAUAAUUUGUGGCUAAA